CCUCUCUCGCAGACGAAGAAUGUCUUUGUAUUCAAGACGUGUCAGGAGUGGUGGAGUCAACUGAAAACCGCCGGUUCGGCCAUAUAUGCCAACAGAAACUACUUGAAACUCUACCGCAAAACAAAUCCGGAACUGUUGGCGUCGGACACGCCGUCGGGGCCUAAGAUAACGGGCGACGUCUUCAUACACCCGACCGCCUCCAUCGACCCCACGGCCACCAUCGGACCCAACGUUAGUAUUAGCGAAGGCGUGAAAAUAGGCGCCGGAGUACGGGUUAAGGAGUCUAUUAUACUAAGAAACGCCACAAUUCAAGACCAUUCGCUAAUCAUGCACUCAAUUGUGGGCUGGAAUUGCACCGUAGGCUUGUGGUCGCGAGUGGAGGGCACCCCCUGUGACCCGAACCCCAAUAAGGCGUUCGCCAAAAUCGAUAACCAGCCCCUCUUUGACGGCGACGGCAAACUCAACCCUUUGAUCACCGUUUUGGGUAUAAUAUGA